CACACCUUGCAGCAACGGCCCUCAGCUCGCAUCCUGUCCGGAGAAGAUAGCGGGCGGCUACAGAUCUUAACCAAGGCAGAGGCGUCUGUAUUUCCUAAUUAAAUCAAUUAAACAUUCACCAGAAUAAGUCCGACAACCGCGAACGACAAAAACUGAGCACAAUGAUCCGCUUUAUCCUCAUCCAGAAUCGGGCUGGGAAGACCAGACUGGCCAAGUGGUACAUGCAGUUUGAUGACGAUGAGAAGCAGAAGCUAAUUGAAGAGGUGCAUGCUGUAGUGACAGUCCGUGAUGCCAAACACACCAACUUUGUUGAGUUCAGAAACUUCAAGAUCAUUUACAGGCGGUAUGCUGGCCUGUACUUCUGCAUCUGUGUGGAUGUGACGGACAAUAACCUGGCAUACCUGGAAGCUAUUCACAACUUCGUUGAGGUUCUCAAUGAGUAUUUCCACAAUGUGUGCGAGUUAGAUCUGGUCUUCAAUUUCUACAAGGUGUAUACGGUGGUGGACGAGAUGUUUCUAGCAGGAGAGAUCAGAGAAACCAGCCAGACGAAGGUGCUCAAGCAGCUCCUCAUGCUGCAGUCCCUGGAGUAAACUGUCAAUCAGUCAACCAACCAAUCAAACAACCACCAUUGUGUCAGGCUCCGCCCACCCCGCUGCAGCCAAGCCAUAUGAUUUGUGUGUAUGAGUGUUGUCAUGCUGAAAAUCAUCCUCUAACAUUUCACCUUUUUCUUUACACUCGCAUCCACCUCACAGGAUGUUGCCGUUCUGUCCUGCAACUUCAUGAAUUUUCGAGGCAGAUAAGAAUUCGUAAAACUUCCUCGGUUAUGUGACCUGAUUAUAUCUUGGCAUAGCCAGAAUUGAAUUCUUCAGCGAUUUUAUAGCACACUAGACUUCAGUGUUUCCGACUGGAAGCCUCUCCAAGCCUGUUCAUUAACACUAACAUAGAUAAUAGCGUCAUGUGGGCCAAAAAACUGCCAUGGCACGAAAGUGACAGUCAUAAUUGCAAGAUUCCGGGGCUGCACUGCAAUAUCGCAAUGAGAAAAACUUGAUUUGAUGUCCAUUUAAGGAAAUUCCCAUAUAUGUACUAUUAAAAAAAGAAUCAAAUGUUUAAUAUGCUGCACUGCAAAUAAUAAAUUUGUUACUGCUUUGUCUUGUUUUCUGGUACAAGUAUCCAUAUUGUUAAAACUCCAAAUACGUAAAGGUGAUCUUCCUGUUGGUGACUAUAUCUUUUUUUAUACAAUUAAGAUGUUCAUAAUGGUGUCACAAAAAGGGUUUCGCAACAACUGUUGGCACUUUUGAGAGUAAAAAAAAAACAUACAGGCAAAACCAAAUUAACUGACCGUUUCAGUAUGGAGAUGUCAUUAAUCCAUGAACAGUUCCUGCUUGUCUUAACUAUUUCUGAAUUGUAAGAGGCGAUUCGGUUGUAACUAAUGUUAACAUGGCUGCUAAAAAAAGUGUCAAUAUGGACCUUUCUGGAUUCUAAUAAGAUUUGGAAAUGAAGAUAUAAAACAGCAAAUACAUAAAUACCAUUGUUAUUAUUUACAUCCCUCAAAAUGGUCUACCCACUACUGAUUCGGUGAGGUCCUAAGAAGUGAAAUUAAAAUUUAUGUCAAACAAAAUACAUUAUUUUAGAUCCACAGCUUUGGCCAAUUGUAUUCUUUUUGUUUUGCCUAUUAUUAUUAUUUUUUUUUUUUCACUCUAAAAAGUAAUAAUCGGGUUAAUCAGCCUAAUGGUGAAUUUAAAGAAAAAUGAAGGAGAAAACAAAAUAUUUCCUUGCCAUACUCUUACUAUGCAUCUGUUUCUUCUGUUGAACACAAAGGAAGGUAUACUGAAGUAUGUUGGGAAAAAACAUCCAUUGACUUCCAUAGUCGAAACUAAAAUAUGUAAAUCAAUAGUUGUUUUUCUCCCCCAACAUUCUUCAAAAUAUCAUCCUUUGUAUUCAACAGUAACUUAAACGGGAACAAGUGGAUGGUUAAAAGUGUUGUGAGGGUUAAAAUUCCAAAAUGUUACAACAAAGUCAAAUAAAAAUAUAAAUUUACAGCAAGAUUUUACUAUAAAAUCAAACAUAUAAAUGUUUGUAUUUACGACAGACUCCCGUUGCUCGCAUCAAAAGGAUGGGGCGAAUAUGAUUAAUGUAUUUUUUUCAACGACGACGUUUAUUUUUUUGGUUAACUAUUACUUAAAAUUUCCUUCUCAAUGUAUGUUUUGGUGUUAGUAUCUGGAAAACAAGACAAAAACACAGCAAGCCUGUUCGCAGUGUUAAGUCAAAGUCUGUGAAGGUUGUUUUGUAUUGUGUACAUAUACAUUAUAUAUGCAUCUAUUUGAAACGUAAUUGUAUGAACUAACUAGUCAUUCCAAGCCUCUAAACCGGGUCAGUUUCUGCUCGUUGUAAGUCUUCUGGCUUUGUGGAGAACUGAAGCCGGCGAUUAGCGAGCGCUUUAGAGAACCAGGCUGAGUGGAAGAAUGAAGCUCGAGGGAAAUGACAAAAGAUGGUCUACUUUUAAUUUCCCCUUUUGUGGCGCUGCUUCCCUCGCGCCAAAAGGCUCUAUGGCAACAGCUCAGCCUUGAAAAUUCCAUUACACUUCGGGUCAUACGUUACGAUGAGUUUUUGUCUUUAUUUUGUACUUGUAUGUUUUAUAUGGUCUUUCUUUUCGUCCCUUCAGCCUUAGUUUGAAAUUUGGUAGGUCUACCUAUUUGUCCCUGUGAAAUUGCAGAUUAAACGCUGAUUUAAGUGGUGUUUCUCUUGCGUAUGUUUCUGUCAGUGUAUAUAUAACCAUGAAGGUGAAAUAAAACGUACAACUUCAAAUGUG